AUGAAUGAACAUAAUGAUGAUGAACUCCUUCUAGUAGAAAAGCAUACAAAUUACAUCAAAGACUUAUUCCGAAAGCCCGUGUACCUUGAACAUUGGAUGGCCGAUCAUUUAAAGAUGAAUGCAUUAUAUUGGGGGAUAUGCGCUCUAUUUCUAAUGCAUCAAGAGGAUGCCUUUAAAAAGGAAGAUGUUGUUUCUUUUAUUAUAAAGUGUUAUGAUAAUAAAUACGGAGGUUUUGGUUCUGCACCAAGACACGAAGCCCACAUUCUCUCAACACUAUCGGCUCUUCAGGUACUCAAGCUUUACGAUUCAUUAGAUGCACUCAGUAAGGAGCAAAAGGAUAAAACUAUAAGCUUUAUUAAAAGUCUACAGUUAUCAGAUGGUUCUUUUGAGGGCGAUCGAUUUGGUGAAGUGGAUACUAGAUUUGUUUAUACCGCAAUACAAUCACUAGCAAUUUUGGAGGAAUUGGACAAAUCGAUCGUGGAUCCAGCAGUAGAUUUUAUUCUAAAGUGUCAAAAUUUUGAUGGCUGCUUUGGAAUGGUUCCUGGAGCCGAGUCACAUGCUGCACAAGCAUUCACUUGUCUAGGGACAUUGGCUAUAUGCAAUUCAUUAAAUAAAAUUAAGAAUCCUGAAGCUUUAGAAUGGUGGCUAAGUGAUAGACAAACAGCAAACGGUGGUCUCAAUGGGCGCCCAGAAAAGUUACCGGAUGUAUGCUACAGCUGGUGGGUAUUAUCAUGUCUUUCAAUAUUAAAGAAACUUGAUUAUAUAGAUGCCGAAAGCCUUGUUAAAUUUAUAUUGAGAGCGCAAAACAGCGAAACCGGAGGGAUUGCCGAUCGACCGGGAAAUGAAUGUGAUGUUUAUCACACAUUCUUUGGGAUGGCAGGUUUAAGUUUAAUGAAGAAGGGAGAUCUUUUGCUUAUUGAUCCAAUAUACGGCUUACCUACAAAUGUCACUAAGACGAUAAAGAAAUAUCCGUAUUAA